GUGGCAUCGUGAGCAUUGGCGAAAAUGGCGACGAUCGCUCAAGUCGCCGCAUAUGUCAAGCGCAUCGAGCACAAUGUGUGGCUAGCGUAUGUGUACACGCUGUUCUUUUGGUCGUGCCGUAGCAUCCUGCUGGAUCAAGUCCUCGCUGCCUACGUCUAUGUGUUGACGGGGUCGAACGAACCGGUCGGCCUCGUCUCUGGCAUCAAUGGGCUCGUGCGGCUAGUGGUUGCGAUUCCUGGGGGGUACGCGAGCGACUGGCUUCGCCGCGACACUGUACUCAAGGUCGCGGGCGCGCUCGGGCUCGUCUGCGUCGCCAUGAGCAUGACGUCGUACCUGCUGGGGCAUAUGCUGUUGCUCUACAUUGCGUAUGGUUGCUGGGGCGCGUACUUUGCGCUGCAACGACCGGCGUUGGAAGCGAUUUUCGCCGACUCUGUGCCGCAAGGCGAGCGGGAGUUGCCAUUUACCAUCAAGUUUAUGCUGAUGAACGUUAGCGGGAUGGUCGGGCCCCUCGCCAGUGUCGUUUUCUUUCAAUGGUACGGAGACUUGUGGUCGUUGUCGGGGCUCCAGUGGGUGCUUUGUGGGGGCCUUGCCGUGGGUACCCCCGGCAUCGUGUCGCUCUUCUUUUUCAAUGACGACCUGGCCUGUGAAAACCUCCGUCCCCAUCAAGCCGCGUCCACCGCCGAACCGACUCGGAACCAGCGUGCGUUGUCAUACAUUGACGACAGCGGCGACUUGGCGCAGGUCGAAGAGAUUCCAACUGAACCGGUGACAACAAUCGCGGGAGAAGCGUCGCCGCUGUUGGAGGCAGACAAUCAAACCGCGGUGGUCGACCUGGACACGAUCAAUACGUUCCUGUGGCUGGGACCGCGCCACGUCCCCGUCAUCUUGUUCUGUACCGACUUCAUCAUGUACAAUGGCAGCGGGCUGUCGCUCGUGUUUUUGCCGCUCUUCCUCCAAAACGAGUACGGGCUCUCCCCGUCCAGCGUCAACUUUCUCGUGCUCGUGCAGCAAGUGCUUGUGCUCGCAGCGACGUCGCUCGCCCAGGUCGUAUCCAAGAAAGUUGGCGACAUCGAAACGGUGGUGUCGACGCGCAUCUUGGCUGCGGCGAUCCUGAUGGCAUUUACGUAUGGCGAGUCGCUGUGGGUUGAGAUUGUGCUGUUUGUGCUGCGGACGGCAAUCAUGCGGAGCUCGCAGCCCCUACGGUCAUCCAUCCUGAUGGAUCACGUGCGCAAGGAGUGGCGGGGGCGUUGGAACGCUCUCGAGAGCCUCACGAUGUUUUGUUUCUGUGGCACGUCUGCCGUCGGCGGCUACUUGGUCGAAGCGUACGGGUAUCGGACGUGCUUCUUCGUGACGUCCGUCAUCUGGUUCAUCGGGCUCAUGCUCGAGUUCGUCCUCGUGCCGAUCAUUCGAACGGAGCGCAAGCUGCGUCACGUGGCCCAGCCCACCAAGAUCGUCAUGUUGGCCUGAGCGAACACAGUCGACGGGGCCGGGUUUUGAAUGCAAGCACCAUUGUUUUUGUUAAGGACCAAGCCCACCGUUGAACUCUCGCAGGUCGCAUACUCGCGCAAGCGCACCACCCAUAACGUCCACGGGUUGCGCUGCGAGGUACGACACAAUCUCUCUGGCCCUCCACUCGCCUUGCCUGCACCCAUAGUAGCGAAGACGUCUCGAUACGAGUCACACCCCCACCGCGAUUCGCGAAUGGACACGUUCUUAACGCUCUUGGCGUCUGUACUAUCUGCCAGGAUGCGCUUCUCUCCCCCCCCGGCGAGACCCGUUAGGCCUAC